GAAAAGAAAAAGAAAUUGAUAAAAAAACAUUUGAAUAUAAUUAUUCAAUUCUUGAAGCAGAAAAAGAAAAACUUGGAAAAGAAACAUUAGAUAAUCUUAUAAAUAAAAGAAAACUAAUAGAAGAAAAAGUUAUAGGAGAAAUUAAAUUAAAUAACAAAAAUAAGAAUUUUUCAUCAUUUGAAGAAUUUAAAAAAACCUCUAAAAGUGCAUGUGAAUCACAAUUAAAUUUACCAUGUAUCGAUCCUUGUGAUACAGAAGAAGAAGUAGAUAGAAAGAAAAAAACUAUAUCUGAAAAAUUAGUAGAAAAUAUUAAAAAUAUUUUUUUCAGAGAUGUUUCUCAUGUAGAUUCUUAUAGAAAUAAUUUUGCUUUAGGGCCUUUGGUAAAAUGGGGCAGAAUGAGACAAACUUCUAAUGAUGAAAAAGCACCUAAAUUACCUAGAAUGAGAUUAAGAGGAUAUUUCACAGAAUUUAGUUUUACGAUAAUCUUAAAUGCUACAAGCAAAGAGUUUGGAAAUUUUAAACUUAACAAACCACCAGGACCAUUUAUUAUUACUUUAACUUUUUUAGCAUCUAGCAGAAUAAAUGACAAAUGGGAAGUCAUGAAUUCUAUAGAUUAUCCUGUUGACACAAAUGAAAAAACAAAAGAAGUUCAAAAUUUUUUUGUAUAUGGAAUUUUAUCAUUUGGUUGUAAAAAGGGAACAGGUGGUUUUAGUCCAAAUAUCGCUUGGAUAGUAACAGUUACUGUAGAUUCCAAAUCUUUACAAAAUAAAAUUGAAAACACUAUUCAACUUAACGAAAGUGUUCUUAAAGAUGAACUAGCUAAUUUAGAAGAUAUGUUAUUUUUUAGAAUAGAACCAAUUCUAUCUCUUUCUUUACUUAGGAUAUUUUUAAUUAUAAAUUAUGGAAUUGUUUUAUUUGGUUAUGAUACAAAUAUGGAUAGUCUCUACAAUCUUAGAUUAACUGGAGGUGUCACGUUACAACAAUUAAUAGAUGCUAUAAAAUCAGAAGCCCCAAUCAAUCCCCACCACAUAGUGAAAACACAGAACCUAACAAAAAUUCUUCUUCACAAAUAUUAG